UUCUUCACCGCCUAUCUCUCGGUUACUUUAGUUUGCUCUCAGAUUUUACAUCCGAUGUUUCCACCACGGCUCACUUUUAUCCUCCCCAAAUCGAGUUCCUCCCUUCUUCUACCUUCUGCUACCUCCACCGCUUCUCAGCUGCUCUGUGCUUUGCCAAAAUUUUCAGUCGAGGAUUUCCAAGUUUCAAGCCUUGCGAUUUCGGUGGAAAAGUAUUGAUUCGCAACAACACUAGAUCGAUUAUUCGUCGGAAGGCCAAACAAGAGCUCCUACAGAGAAUAUGAUCCAUGGUGAAGGAGAGGGAGUGCUAUGACGUCGUCGGGGUUAAUCCCACGGCCACGGAGGCUGAAAUUAAGAAACCUUAUUACAUCAAGGUGUUAGGAGAAGCAUACCAACUACUGAGUAAUCCAGAGCAAAGACAGGCUUAUUAAAGAACGUCUCUUCCAAACCCUUCUUUUAUAUGUGGUCCUUGUGUGAACAUCAAAAUCCUGAUUGAGUAUGUUCGUCGAUACCUUUUCUACUUGGCUCAAGAUGAGGUAUAAUAAAUUGGAUAAUGAACCGAAAGAGUUGUUUGACUUUACAUGUCCAAGGAAGAGACCUGACAUCUGUAGCUGUUCUACGUGGUUGUAUGCAUUUGGUUUAUUUAGCAGGAAGUGAAAGAGUAGACAAAUAUGAAGUGGCUGGAGAUUCUUCACUUGCUCAAAAGAACGCACAUGUGCCUUACAGAAACAGCAAACUCACACAGUUGCUUCAAGAUUCACUUGUUGCAACUGUUGAACUCGGUGUUGCGCAACUACAAAAGGAUAGUAGUUCAGAUGUGAAAGACCUCAAAGAACCAAUUGCAAAUCUUAAGGCGGCUCUUGCAAAGAAGGAAGGGGAUCUGGAAACAGAUGUAGUACCCAGCUUUGAGAAAGAGUAG